AUGAAAGAGUCUCGUUGCGCUGGGAUAGUUCAAAAGAGCACAGAACUGGCUGGUCGCGAUUAUUCAAGAAAAGAAAGUUGGAUCAAAAGAUCCUGCGUUGAAUACAUGCUGGAAUUAGAAAAUGAUAUGUACUCACCUCCACGAGUAGCAAGUUGCUCCUGGGAAUUUCGGGUCUCAUCCACGGAUGUGAUUGUAGUAAUGGAUGUCAUCUCCAUUGAAUCGAGAUGUGAUGGCAACUACCAAACUGGUGAGCGAAGGAGGGAGGAGCCUUUAUACCGUACAGAGGAUGUAUGA